GAUGUCGAAACCCCCAUGCCAAGACCUCUGCUUUUCUUCUGCAAAAUAGGAAAGAAGGUCAAACUGACAGCAAUGGCGUUGUGGGUUUCACCUUUUCUGGCCGUCGCAGCUUCAGCCGUCAUGGUUGCUUUGCUUUACAGAUUUCUUCCUGCUUUCGAUAACCCAUUGAGACCCACAUCUCCUCUUCCUCCAACUCCGCGGUUGUUCACUGCUCAAGAAUUGUCAAUCUACAAUGGUAGUGAUGAUAAAUUACCCAUCCUUUUGGGGAUUCUUGGGUCUGUGUUUGAUGUAACGAAAGGUAAAAGCCACUAUGGUCCAGGAGGAGGCUACAGCCAUUUUUCUGGAAGAGAUGCUUCACGCGCAUUUGUUUCAGGAAAUUUUACUGGAGAAGGUCUGACUGAUUCAUUGCAAGGAUUAUCCAGUUCUGAUGUAAAAAGCAUUGUUGAUUGGCGAGAUUUCUACAUCAGAACAUACAUAUUUGUUGGGAAGCUAGUGGGUCGCUAUUAUGACAGUCAAGGGAAUAGUACAAAGCAUUUGAAAGGUGUUGAAGCUAAGGCUGCUAGAGGUGCACAACUGAUGGAAAAACAAAAAGCUGAAGAAGCCAAUCUUCCAAGCUGCAAUUCCAGAUGGAGUCAGGACGAAGGAUCUGAGGUUUGGUGUGACAAUGGAUAUCCAAGACUAGUUCAAAGACCGACUGAAAUAGCAUUGACUGGGAAGAUGAGCAAACGUUGCGCUUGCUUCAACGAAACAGAGCUUGACCAACCCCGGUUGGAAGUUUAUCAGGGAUGUGAAUAUCUAUCCAACCGAUGCAAAGUAGUCUAGUAGUUAGUUUAUCAUGAUUCAUGAAUACGAAAUUAAAUCAUAAUCUCUUCAAUAGAAAGAAAAAAAAAACAUAAUUAUGAUUAUUAUGUUACAGGUGAUUUUCUAAUUCCACCCUUAGUUGUUGUACUAAUCCAUCAUCAAAUUCUUCUU